AUGUAGUUUCAGCAUUAAACCCCUUCCUCAAACCCUAGCCGAACAUCGAUCCACACGACCAGGCACAUCCAUCCACUCGAAUUGGCAGGAUUCAGACAGAUCGAGUACGAGUAGGAGCGAAGUAGAACUUCGGAAUGGAAGAUGAUACAUCUCCGACCAUCGGAUCCAGCCGGUUCGGUGAUGGACAACGCGGAAGUUCAAUCGAGGAAUGUCAGAACAUGAUUCGCAGAAGUCUCCGAAACCCAAAAGUGAAGUUUCUGAUUGAGCAAAUGGAGAAAUCUGGAUGCAGAGUGGGGGCUAAUUUCAUCAACGCAGUUGUUUGCAAGGGGCCUAUAGCCGGGGGCUACACCGCAGGAGAAGGGAUUACAGUCUGUAGUAACUAUUUGACGAUACAAGAUGAGGUGAACCAAGUCGUCAUACACGAGCUAAUCCAUGCAUAUGAUGAGUGUCGUGCCAAGAAUUUGGAUUGGUUGAAUUGUGCUCAUCAUUCUUGCAGUGAGAUACGUGCAAAUCAUCUAAGUGGCGAUUGUCAUUUCAAGCGGGAACUCUUGCGGGGUUAUCUAGACAUGAGAGGGCAUGAACAAGAUUGUAUAAAAAGAAGGGUGAUGAUGUCGAUGCGUAACAAUCCAAAUUGCACAGAAGCAGCAUCCAAAGAUGCAAUGGAAGCAAUAUGGGACAUUUGUUACAACGACACUAAGCCUUUUGACAGAGCUCCCUAGAGUUGCCAAGAAUCUGGUCAAGUUUGUGCCCUGAACCAAUGGAUCUUGAGAGACAUUAGGCUUUACUCGAUUGAAACAUGUGAGUCACUCUUUUCUCAUUAGUUUUGCUGUUCAAUAAGAAUCCCAUCCAUGAUUUCUGAAACAUGUUAGAAAUCAUUUGACUUGUUUGCUCAAAGGGUGUCUGCAGUCAAAUCCCUAUGAAUAGUUAUGAUUUAUAAAUCUCAUGGAACACCAACAUUUAUUUCA